ACUGUGCGACGAUUCGCCACUGCAGUUAUGUCCGGUCGCGGCAAGGGCGGGAAGGGUCUGGGCAAGGGGGGCGCCAAGCGCCACCGCAAGGUGCUGCGCGACAACAUCCAGGGCAUCACCAAGCCCGCCAUCCGGCGGCUGGCCCGGCGCGGCGGCGUCAAGCGCAUCUCCGGCCUCAUCUACGAGGAGACCCGCGGGGUGCUCAAGGUGUUCCUGGAGAACGUGAUCCGGGACGCCGUCACCUACACGGAGCACGCCAAGCGCAAGACGGUCACGGCCAUGGACGUGGUGUACGCGCUCAAGCGCCAGGGCCGCACCCUCUACGGCUUCGGGGGCUAAGCUUCGCACCUGCAGCCUCCGCGCAAUCCCAAAAGGUCCUUCU